AUGGUAGCAGCGUCGUCUGGCUCGCGGACCUUGUCCUCGCAUCGAUUCGAGCCGUUUUCCCAGCGAGUCGCAAAGUUGAAGAUCGACCCUGUCCACCGCGUGCGCCGGCCGACCUUCGACCACUGGUCGGAGCUGAACUUGUCGGACAAUUAUUCGCAAUUCUCCCGCAAAAUCCUGUAUCACGAGGAGAAGAUCAUGGCUUUGCUGCCGCUGCUGAGCCUGCUCUCGCAGUUCGCUAGGGAUUUGGGGACCCGGUUCGAGAAAUAUUUCGCCGCGUCGGUCACCCUGGUAGCUUCUAUCGCCGCUACCCACCCGGAGGUCGAGGUGGUGGAAUGGAGCUUCACUUGUCUGGCGUGGAUCUUCAAAUUUUUGUCGCGCCUUCUGGUGCCCGAUCUGCGACAGCUUUUGGGGAUCAUGACCCCCUACCUCGGAAAGGAGCGACAGAAGGCGUUUGUGGCCCGGUUUGCCGCUGAAUCUAUGUCGUUCCUCAUUCGCAAGGCGGCCCUCAAUGCCCUAUCGUUCUUACUCGACGACAUGUGCGACACAGCGGCCGACUCGAAAAAUGUCGAUCUAUACAAGGAAGGUCUCAUGGCCAUGUUCUCGGACGCCAUGAAGGGCAUCAAGGAAGGGCUCCACUCCAACGCCACGGAUGACGAGCUGCGAAUGCUCGUCAACAUCCUCCACGAGACGACCGCCGACUCGUUCGAGCCGAUCUUGGAGACCAUCAAGUCGUAUAUCGAGUCGAACUGCAAAAAGGCGGACAAACAAUACGCAACGGCAUGUUGCAGGUUGAUUUUCGUUUGUGUAUCUACGAGGAAGGGAAUUACACUGCUCCUGGUCAAAACGGCGAUCGGCGCCUUGGAUGCGUAUGCGGAUUCUAUACCCCUGCUUCUCACUGCAAUGGCAUUCGCUCUCCAGUUGUCUCCGAUGGAUGAGAUGCUGCCAUACAUGCGCCCCCUGAUGGAAGCCGUCACCAGUGACCAGCUGACGACCCACUUUCUGUCGUUCUGUACUACUUUUUCCGAGUGGGGUCCUGAACGAUUCCACAGUGUUGUCCUCCCUUAUUUCCAGAAGUUCGUCAACGCGUCAUGGAAGGAUUAUGAACAUGGGCUAUGCUUGGCUCUAAUUCGAUUGAAUCAAUCCGGAUGUGUUACCUCCGAGGUUUCGAAGCCUGGCUACAUCACCUGCCCGGGUCCUUGGAAGACACACAUCAAAGACAUGCUCAGUCUCGCUAGCCCGGGCGACGCCGACGUAGCUUUGCUCAACGCCUACUCUCGACUCCCUCGCGUGUUGUCGCUAUCCACUGAGCCGUCUCUGCUUCCGGAUAUGACUCGUAUCCUUCAUGACCGCCUUUCUGACGCUUUGAAGACCGACGAGCCCACCCCCUCACCUGCGACCAAAUUUUAUCUCGGCCACGGUUUCCAGGCCUACGCCGAGUUGGCGAAGGACAGUGGAGAAGUGGAUGCAAAUCUAUGGGUCCCAAUCAGCAAAGUCGCAGCCAGAUAUUCCCGAUUGAGUGGGUUCCUGGAAGCUACUUUGACUUUCGUCUCCACCUGCCACAAAGAGCUGGACCUUGCACGACCUGAACUAGAAGAGUUUGCCGAUGUCUUGAUAACCAACCUUGCCAGUCCUUCUCACGGCUUGCGGCUGUCUUCGCUGAAGAUGCUGCGGAUGAUGAUUGAAGCCUCUGGAGAAGAUGCAUCCCUCGUCUCUUUGGCGAUUGAGGUGGAGGAAAGCCCCCUGACGCUGCAGUCGGCCCGAGUGUUGUCAAUGCAUGUGCGCAACCUUGCCAUGGCGUAUACCCAAGUUGUUUCUCGACGGUGGAUGGCUCGACUGAUCCCCAAUUUCCUGUUCGGCCUCUUCUCUAAGAAGAUGGCCCCAUUGUGGGAUGAUUCCGCCGCCGCUCUCAAGACGAUCAGUGAAAACGCCGAGGGCGAGAAGAUAGUCACUGAGUUGGCUAUCGAGUGGCUCCAUGGGAAGGGCUUGCCUCCUAGCGAGGACGGAAAGGAGGACGAAAGAAAGUUUUUCCCGGCAGGAGACUUCCUGUGUUACAACUCCCAGAAGGUGGAGGAACUCUCUUCCACGAACUUUGGCGACUCCGAACUGCCUAUAUCGAUCUUGAUUCGGGACUUUGAGAAGGAUCAUACCUUCUUGCCCGUCGUUCCGGCUUCUCCACGUACCCAGGCCCUACGCGUCCUUAAUGCUAUCCCUGCCAUUGCGGAGAAGAGAUCUCGUCAAGUUAUCCCCCUCUUUCUCUCGUGGGCAUUCCGCGAUGAGGACGAGGUCCCCGCUGAGGCUGACCAGAAGUCUGACUCCGAUGCAUAUAUUCCCUGGGGCUUCUACGAUCGGAUUUCGUUCUUGAAGCUUCUGGGGCAAUUUCUCAACCCUCGAGUUUUGUUCAGGGCGCCCGAAGUUCACGAAGCCCUCCUCGGUUUGCUGUGCCAUGGUAACUCUGAAAUUCAGAAGACUACUCUCAAGGCUCUCUUCACCUGGAAAUCCCCGAAGAUUACGCCUUACCAGGAGAAUCUUUUGAAUAUUCUGGACGAGGCCCGGUUCAAGGACGAGCUUUCUUUGUUCGUUCGUGUUGGUGGAGACGACAGCAUGAUCGACGAGAACCAUAGAGACGAGCUGAUCCCUGUUCUUCUCCGUGUCUUGUACGGCCGCAUGAUCUCCAAAGCUGGCGCGAAUAAUAGCCAAGCAGGACAAACUGGACGAAGAAAGGCGAUCCUGCGGACACUCUCCCAGCUGCCUGAUAAUGAGUUUGGCAUCUUCAUGCAAGUAUCAUUUGGACCGUUGGGCAAUGUCCGGGUGGUUCAAGACGGACAAGUUGACCAGGAAGUGUUCACCCGGGAUCUUGCGAGCCCGAGGAGACAGACCGGUCUGUUGAAGAUGAUCGAGACCGUGUUCGACACACUGCAAACGAGAAUGAGUCCAUACGUGGAACAGUCCAUGGACGUGGUGCUCUACUGUCUGGUCCGGGCAUGCCGGAGUCUGGAGAAGGAACAAGCGACCACCAACGGCGAGUCAUCGGAGGGCCACAUUACCACGGUGCUGCGCAAUAUCCGACACACCUGCAUCCGAUGCCUCGACCUUGUAUUCUCCAUCUCGCUGGACCGAGACUGGACGAGCCAUGUUCGUGUUAUCUUCGACGACGUAAUCAACCCCAGGCUCGAGAAGUUCGCGACGGAGAAUGCCCAAGGCGUGUCGGGGCUUCUCAAGCUGUUCCAUAUCUGGGCCACGGCUCCUCGGUCAUCGUUCUACCUCGUGAAAUAUAACGACACUCUUUUAACGAGGGUGAUGGACCUUCUUGGGGUGGAUUCCGCCCGGGACGAGGUGAAAGUCUACGUCAUGGACGAGAUUCUGACUCCUUUGGUUAAUCUUGCCACCGGGAAGGAACUCGAAGAAAAGGAGCAGAUGGGCGAUAUUGCCGCCGAUGAGAUCCGCUCUGAAGUCCUGGCGCCCUACAUGGAGCACACCCUUUCUCUCCUGGGCCGUCUCCUCAGACGCGGCCCCUCUCGCCCUGUGCUGAUUUCGGGCGUGCAAACGCUGUCCAUCCUUGCCCCCUGUGUUGAGUCCUCGAGUGAAACGUCGAGCCUGAUCAGUAUCACCAAUUACCUUCUCCGUCAGCCUGCGGACCGCGUGUCUCCUAAAACGAAAGCCGGGUUGCUGCGUAUUCUCGAGCACUUCCUGCCCCUGUUCGACCCGAAAGAGGAUGCCGAACUCGCGCAGGAGGUGUACGGUGCGAUUUGCUCGAUGUUUGAUUACUUCAGAGAUGAUGCGAACAGAGAAGUGUUGUCCAGGGUGUUCUCGGCCUACGCGAAGCAUGAUCCUGCGCUCCUUGAAGUUGCCGCUCUCUGCGAGGACCUGAAUUCCGUGUCCAGAAAGAGACUGGAGGCAGAUUAUGAGCGUCGCCAGCAAGCCUUCCGCCAAGUGAACGACAGUCUCUGGGAGACAUACAACGCCAAGCAGUGGCAGCCUCUGCUCUACAACAUGUUGUUCCACACCAAGGAUGACGAGGAGCUUGCCAUCCGAACGAGUGCUUCGUACGGCCUGCGGCGAUUCAUUGAAAGGGCUGCCAUGGACAAGGACUCGGAAGCAUUCUCUCCCCUUGUUCAGGACGUGCUCUUCCCCUCUCUGCAGAGCGGCAUCAGGCAGAAGUCGGAGUUGGUGCGGACCGAGUUUGUGUCGGCGCUCGGGUUCUUCAUCAAGUUGAACCCCACCAUGCCGAUUGUGCAGGACAUGCAUGGGCUUCUUGUUGGUGAUGAUGAGGAGGCCUCGUUCUUCACCAACAUCCUUCAUGUACAGCAGCAUCGCCGGCUUCGCGCAUUGCGCCGUCUGGCCGCCGAAGCGGCGAAAGGCAAACUCCAGGCUACAAACAUCAGCACAAUCUUCAUUCCCCUCAACGAGCACUUUGUCUUCGAUGAGGACGUUGAUGAGAAUGCCCACAAUCUCAUCGCGGAGGCGGUGGCAACGAUCGGGGCCCUUUCCGAGUGGUUGGACUGGAACCAGUUCAGGGCCAUCUUCCGGAGAUACCGCGCUUACAUGACCAGCAGGUCUGAGAUGGAAAGGAACAUUUUGAGACUCUUGGGCAGAAUGGCAGAUGCGCUGACCAAUGCCGUGGGACAAGCGAGGAAGCCCAAGGAGACGGACGGAGAAGGCAUGGAGGGUAUCGAGACCGAAGGUCCGCGAUGCACUCUCGCCCGGUCAUUGCCGUCGGGUCCCAAGCUGAAUACGGAGUUGACGACCAACUUUACGCCGUUCUUGAUCAGCUUCAUCCAUCACAAGAAUGAAGCGCAGAUGAGUCUGCGUUUGCCGGCGUCGAUUACCACUGUCAAGCUUCUGAAGCUGUUGCCGGAACAAGACAUGACCGUUCGCCUGCCGCAGGUCCUCCUGGACGUGUGCAAUAUCCUCAAGAGUCGGUCCCAGGAUGCCCGCGAUACUGCCCGGAAAACGCUGAGUGAUAUUUCCCUUCUGCUGGGGCCGGGUUACUUCGGCUAUAUACUGAAGGAGCUGCGAACCACGCUCACGAAGGGCUACCAGCUGCACGUGCUGUCCUUCACUGUGCAUUCGAUCCUCGUGGUGACGGCCGAUGAGUUUGCGCAAGGGGAUCUGGAUUACUGCCUCUCGGACCUGUGCGGAGUAGUCAUGGAUGACACGUUCGGCACCGUCGGUCAAGAGAAGGACGCCGAGGACUACGUCAGCAAGAUGAAGGAGGUCAAGAGUAAUAAGAGCUACGAUUCUAUGGAAUUGCUAGCGAAGAACUCCUCCAUCCCGAACCUGGCGAAGCUGAUUCGCCCUCUCCAGUCACUGCUGAGAGAGAAGCUCAAUUCCCUUAUCGUGAGAAAGGUAGACGAGCUCCUGCGGAGAAUUGGCAUCGGUCUUCUCCGGAACCCCGCUGCGGAAAGCCGCGAUCUCUUGAUCUUCUGCUACGAGGUGAUCAAGGAGUCGUAUCAGCCGCCGGCAGAAACCGGGCAGAGGAAGGGUCCCGAAAGUGCAAUGCAGAAGAACUUCCUCAUCAACCUCAAAGCCCCGAAGCGGGGUGAGAAGCGUGGAACCACCUCGUCCUACGUGCACAAAUUAACCCGUUUCGCUCUUGAUGUUUUGCGCUCGACCUUGAACAAGUUCGACUCCCUGCUCACGCCCAAUAAUCUGACCGGGUUCCUCCCGAUCAUUGGUGACUCGUUGGUUCAGUCUCAAGAGGAGGUCAAGCUAUCUGCGCUUCGACUGUUGUCCACCAUCGUCAAGCUUCCGUUAGCCGAGAUCGAUGACAACUCCCACGUCUAUUUCACCGAGGCCGUCAAGAUCGUCAAGGAGGCGCCGAGCACAAACACCGAAGGCAGCCAGGCGGCGUUGAAGCUGAUUUCGGCUCUGCUGCGAGAAAGGAAGAACACUAAGCUGCGCGAUGGACACCUUGCAUACUUGCUCCAGCGUCUCACCGCCGACAUCGAAGAGCCGGAUCGUCAAGGCAUCACCUUCAACUUCAUCCGAGCCGUCAUGGCCAGGAAGUUCGUGGUGCCGGAGAUGUACGAGCUGGUCGACCACAUCGCCAGCAUGAUGGUCACGAACCAGACCCGGUCCGCGCGUGAUCUCGCCCGCGGCGUGUACAUCCACUUCCUGAUCGAGUAUCCUCAGGCUAAAACCCGGUGGGCGAAGCAGCUUGGCUUCCUGGCCAAGAACCUCGAGUACAAGCACGCGGACGGCCGCCAGUCAGUCAUGGAGGCAAUCAACCAGCUCCUCGCCAAGACCGGGCCAGAGCUGGCCCAAGACAUUGUCGGAACGUUCUUCCUCCCUAUCAUCAUGGUCAUGUCCAACGACGAAUCUACCGAGUGUAGAGAGAUGGCAGGCGCCCUGCUGGGCGAGAUGUACAGCCGCGCCGACAGGGAGCAGCUGAAGACCAUCCUCACGCCCCUCCGCUCGUGGCUGGAACAAACGGACAAUCUUCUCCUGACCACCACCGGCCUGCAGGCCAUGCGGAUCUACUUCGAUGCCGACAUAACAGGCAAAGAGAAAGAAGGCCGUUUCGUGACGGGAGUCCUCCCAGAUCUCAUGCAGCCCGUGCUGCAGCAACCCGACGACACCGAAAACUGGCAAACGCUCUACUUCUCCCUCCAGCUCUACCUGAAACUCUCCAAGAGCCUGCCCGCGAUCGCGCUGGCCAAGGACCAAACCGCAAUGUGGGCUGCCAUCCGCGAGUGUCUCUUCUACCCGCACGCCUGGGUCAAGACAUGCGCCGCCAACCUCGCCGGGAUCUGGCUCGCCGACUUGGCCAAGGCGAACGCCGAGAAGGGCUACAGCGCGCUGCCUCUCGCCGGUAGCACGGGGCUGGCCAUGGACCGGGCCGCGAUGGUGCAACUCAUCCGCGCGAGUCUCCGCUGCCUGCGCACCCCAGCCGUCAGCGAGGAACUCGCCACGCAGUCCGUCCGCAACAUCAUCUUCCUCGCACGAUGCUGCGCACAAAACGGGCUCGAGCUCUCCCGCGGGCAUACGCAGGACGCCGAGAUCGACGAAAGCGAAGACGAGGACAACGACGACCGCAAAGACGGCGACGAAGAAACCGCCCCAACACCAGCAGCCAAGGACGAAAGCCCCACCAAGUCCGGCCUGCAGUACAUCUUCGAGCAGGUUUCGUCGAUCCUGCGUCGCGAGAUCCUCACCACGAGGGCAGGGUCGCUCGUCCCCAAGACCGCCUCGAUCGGUCUGCUGGCCGCACUCAUCCGCCACCUGGAAGCAGAGCAGAUCCACCCCUCGCUGCCUGUCAUCCUGCUCCCGCUGCAGCACAUGACUGACGCGUCGAUCCCGCCUCCGCGGUCGUCGGACGAGACCUUCCGCGACUCUUACAAGGCGCUUGUGUCCAACUGCCACGAAGUGCUCGAUCUGCUGCAGAAGAAGCUGGGCACGACCGUUUACAUCGAGCAGAUGACGCUUGUGCAGGACGCUAUCAAGGAGAGGCGCGAGGGUAGACGCGUCAAGAGGCGGAUUGAGGCUGUUACUGAGCCGGUGAAGUACGAGCGGGAGAAGAAGCGGAGGAAUGAUCGCAAGCAUGAUAAGAGGAGGGAGCGCGGGAUGGAACAUCGGGGGAAGAGACGCGGAUGGUGA